AUGCGUCCAGUGAAAUUUACCGAAUCUGCGUUACUAACCGUUAUUACACCUUACUUAUGGACAUUAUCAUUAUUCGCCGUCGUAAUGCCACCAAUUUUGAUUUUACGUAGGACACCAUCCGAUCGGCUUUGGUUGUUCCAUCUAUUUCGAUUUAUUUUCGCAGUUUACACAUUACUUCAAUUGUCUGUUGGUUUUUCGAUAGAGCAUAUAAAGAAUAUCGUGGUUAGUAGAUAUGUGUGGGAAAACUCUGUGGACGACAUGACUCGCAUUUUAACCAUUGGCAUCAACGUCAUGCAAAUCAUGGUGCAAAUAGUGCUCUAUACUCAAGCAUUAACUGGACACCAACAACUACGCAGCAUAUUCACGAAAGUAGCGCAAAUAGAAUCGGAUAUACGAAAACACCAUACAACAGUCUGUUCGUUGUGUGCCGUUCGUUGGCGGUUUUGUCUACGUAUCGGAAUUUGGUGGGUCGUAGUUUGCGUCUUCCUACUGCAAUUGAAUUAUGCGCUCUCCGACCACAACCUGGCACCGCGUUUUCGUUGGAUAAAUGUGGUGUUCAGUAUGUUAUCACAAAUUAAAGUCGUAGAAUAUUGUGUUUGUGUGCUAUUGAUACAGGAGUUGCUGCAUUUGGUCUAUCAACAGCUGGUGCAUUUGAGACGAGAACUGGUGCUUUGUGAAAGCGUUGACUUGCGUUGGAGUUUAUAUGUGGAAUUGCAAACUAAUCAACAGCUACUGGCUCGUAUCUGGCAGCUAUUGAGCGAAGUAGAGAGAUAUUUUUGCAUUCCUAUGUCUUUGGUGUUCUUCUAUCACGGAUUUUCAAUAACACAAACUAUACUUUGGGGUUAUACCAACUUAGAACAAGAGGAUUUUAAUUUGCGUUUAUAUCGUACUGCCAUUGCCAUUAUGAUAAUUGCUAGUUUGUUUAUACCUUGCUAUUUGAGUCAAUGCUGCAUUGAUGAGUAUAACCGAUUUGGCACUUUACUACACAAACUGAAAACUGUGGGAAUCGACGUAAAUCUGAGUAUGCGUUUACAGGAGUAUUCGUUCCAACUUAUGCAUCAACAAAUGCUCUUCACUUGCGGUGGUCUAUUCGAUAUAAACUUGAAGAACUUUGGAACGAUAAUCCUGACGAUUACAAUUUACGUCAUUAUAUUUAUUCAGUUCAAACUGCAAGCGGUAAAAGAAAGGAAAAUCCAGCAAGGAACUAGUUUUGUUUAAAUUUCGAUUGAACCAUUAAUUGUUACCUUUAAGUACUAAUUUUGUACAUGACCGUACAAUAUUUGGAACACAUGACAACAGAAUGUUAGUUAAGUACUAAGCAACCUAGUUUAGACUCCUU